CGCACAGUUUUAUAAAUGAGACCCCAGAGCUGUAAGCCAGUGGCGGAUAACCUCUGCCGGUCCGUGUUCCUGGCCCAGAUGGUGGGGGGCUUCCUCCAAGACCUGGGGGUGGGGGUGUAUGUGGUGGAUGCCUACAGCAUGGCUCCUGAUGUGAAGUCCCUGGUGGAGUUUCUGAAAGCUGGAGGGGGGCUGUUGAUCGCAGGGCAGGCCUGGUCCUGGGCUGGACAACACCCCAAGCAAGACGUUCUGAAGGCCUUCCCAGGGAACCAGGUGCCCAGUGUGGCGGGGAUCUACUUCUCUGAAUACUGUGGAGAGGUUGAUCUUCUGCCCGUUUAUCCUCAGAUUCCAACCUCCUGGCUGGCUGUGGUAAUUGGCAAGGACUUUAAGGAUGAUUUGGAGUCCCUUCUGCAGGGCGUGUCCGAGUUGGACAUCAGCGGUGGCGCGAUAGCCUCCGAGGUCCUCGUCCACGGCCCUCUGGCCUUCCCCAUCGGCACCACAUCGGACGGACGGGCUUUCCUGGCUGGAGCCUACUACGGCCGGGGCCGGGUCAUCGUGACCACACACGAGGGCUUCAUGGGCUGGCAGGUGGGGUGA